AUGGUGUUGAGAUCCUUCGAGGUGGUGGUGGUGUUGAGAUCCUUCGAGGUGGUGGUGGUGUUGAGAUCCUUCGAGGUGGUGGUGGUGUUGAGAUCCUUCGAGGUGGUGGUGGUGUUGAGAUCCUUCGAUGUGGUGGAGGUGUUGAGAUCCUUCGAGGUGGUGGUGGUGUUGAGAUCCUUCGAUGUGGUGGAGGUGUUGAGAUCCUUCGAGGUGGUGGAGUCUUUGCAGAACAAGAGCUAUAACCACUUUGCUGCUAUCUACUACCUGCUGGUGGAGCGACUCAAGGCCCAUCGCUGCAGUUUCCCGGUGGAGCAGCGGCUGGACGCCCGGCAGCGGAGGCCCAGCACCAUUGCGGAGCAGACCGUUGUCAAGUCGUCCAACGCUUCGGCCCAGACUCACAGCCCCUUGGAACACACUUUCAUGGUGGACGAAGUCAACACGCCCAAAGUGAACGGCUGCAUGCUGGACCCACUGCCCCCCUCUGCUGUCCUGCGCAAGUCUUCCACAUCAUCUCCUAGUAACAUGAUGGAGACGUCAAUCGAUGAGGGCAUUGAGACAGAAGAGCCCGACACCGAAGACGAUCCUCCCCACCUGCUCUCAGCCUAUCAGACGGCUCGGUUUGGCCAACGCAGGCACACCCUCUCAGAGGUCACCAACCAGCCUGGGCAGCACCAAGGUAAACUUUUCCCCCUCGGGCACAACCCCUCCAUGGGCAGUGUGGACUCUGACAUGGGCUACGACAUGGGCUCGGUGCAGAGUGACUUUGGUCUUUUGGAGGAGUCCUCACCAGUCGCUGAGGUCGGCCCAUCGCAGUUCCUCAUCUCUCGAGUCCCGAACCCCACCAUGGACGCCCUGUCCUCCCACCACCGGGAGGCGCACAACCGCUCGCCCAUCAGCUUCAGAGAAGGCCGCCGUGCCUCCGACACCUCCCUCACUCAAGGAUUGGUUGCUUUCCGGCAACACCUUCAGAAUCUUGCGAGGACCAAAGGCAUACUGGAGCUGAAUAAGGUCCAGAUGCUUGUGGAGCAGAUGGACUCUGCAGAAGGGGCCAUGAUGGGGCCCUUGGGACAACAGCACCACUUGCACAAUCUCCUGGAGGGAGAGGCGUCCAAGCAGCACCAGGGGCAUACUAUGUACCAAAGUGUUCCCCAACCACCUCUGCUUUCCCGCAGACAGAGCUUGGAGACACAGUACUUCACACAUAGGCUUCAGGCAAGUGUCAUGGCUAACAGCCCUGCUAGCUGCCAGCUUUUCUGUAAGGAAGCUCCUCGAAGUUUAGAGCAACAACUGCAGGAACACAGACUGAACCAGAAGCGGAUGUACCUGCAUCAGUCCCAGGGGAUGGGUCUGCAGACGUACUUCAAUCAGAUGCAGAUCGCUGAGGGCUCCUUCUCUGCUGGAGGUCCUGCUGACAGCAGCUCCCAGGUGCAGCAGUCGGGACCUGCACAGGCCUCGUCCUUCGGUCACCCCCUGAGUCCUUUGCUAGAGCCGAGUGACAUGAGCCCUCUGCUCUACGAGCCCUACAUGAGCCCUCAGCAUUACCCCUCUCACAUCAACCCCUCACUACAAAUGAGCCCUCACCAACUCGAGGCCAGCGCCCUGAGCUACAGCUACCCCACCAGCUGUGAGCCGGCCCUCUGCCCCGGCUCCUCUGAGGCCCUGACGGAGCACUACCACUUUCCCCUGGAGCCCUGCCCCAUGCCGCCCUCUGCACACGAGGGGGAGCUCCAGGCCUCCAUCCUCGACACGGAGAUGAUGGAGACUGUGGACCCUCAGCAUGGAUUUGUACUAGUCAACUGA